UUGAGGAUGAAGAGUGAUAGGAGCACAGUCCUUUCUGUGGGUUCGUGAGCCUGUUGUGAGUGGUGAACUCUGGUCAUGGGGCUCAUUCAUUUAAUAGUCAUUUCCUGAGUCUUACUGUGUGCCAGACGAUGUGCUCUGGGGACACGUGUGUCAGGCCUGGUCUCCCUCCAGAGCUUCUGGCCUGGUUGGGGAGGUAACCAGAAGUUGGGGGCUACAGAAGCCCAGAUACCACAAGCACUGCUAGUACGAAAAACAACACUUAAUGAACAACUGGAGCAUGCCAGACACGGUGCUUUAUACUUCCCAUGUACCAUCCUGUUUCCUCAUCUGUAAAUUUGGGAUUAUAAUAGUACCUGCCUCAUUGAGUUAAGAUCAAGUGAGUUAACAUGGAAAGUGUUCAGAAUAGCGCUUGGUCAAAGUAAGUGUUCAAUAAAUGUUUAUUAUUUUCAUCUCAUUUAAUCCUCAUAUUCACAGAGAUGGCUUCCUGCUCUGGGCCAGACCUAAUUUUUGUUUUUUUAAAGCAAGCAGGGAAAAGAGCGUUUCAAGACCCCAGGCAGCCUACAGAUAAUCUAAGUCAGUGUUUCUCAACAGAGGAUGAUUUUGUCCCCUAGGGAACAAUUGGCAAUAUCUGGAGACAACUUUGGAGUUCUACUGGAUUCUCAUUUAGGUCCCCAGAAUCACCAAGCACAAAGCCUGGUGCAGAAGGUGCAAGGUGUUCAAGACCAUUCUUGAUCUACUCCUGGUUUACUCUUCCUUUACUAUCCUCUGUUAUCUCAACCCCAGUGAACACAAAGCUGUGGGAUGUGGUGGUUAAGGCUCUGGGACCACACUGCCUAGUUCAGAUUUGGAACUACCAUGUCCCAGUUGCAUAUCAUUGGACAAGUUGCAUGACGUACCUAGGCCUCAGCUUCCUUAUCUGUAAAAUAGGAUAAAUUAUAGUACAACCCUCAUAGAGUCAGAGCAGUGGUUCUCAGUCAUGAGUGAUUUUACUUCCCAGGGGACAUUUGACAAAUCUGGAGACAUUUUUGAUUGUCACAGCUGAGUAUGAGGGUACAAAGCAUCUAGUGGGUAGAGACCAGGAAUAUUUCUAACCUUCAACACACAGGGCAGCCCUCGCAAUAAAGAAUGAUCUGGUCCAAAAUGUCCGUAGUGUCAAGGUUGAGAAACCCUGGGUUGGAGAGUGAAAAAUAAUGCUUGAUGAGUGCUUAAAUGGCCCUUGGCCUGUAGUAAGUGCUCAGUAGGUAUUGACUACCAUUUAACUACUGCCUCCUAAGCACACCGGACUCUUGUGCUUCCACACUUCUGCCGAGAAUGCCCUUGCUUCUCUUUGCAUGGGAGUGAAUGCUACUCAACCUUCACGACCUAUCUAUAAAACCACAUCUUUGGGGAAGCCUUCUCUGACCACUAACUUCAUCAUUCUCCAACACAUCCUCAACCAGGCAAUGGAGGAACUCUGGAGUCAGACUCACAAGCCUGGACUCAACUUCAAGCUCUUAUUCUUGAGUGACUUCAGACAAGUGCUUUCCUGUGUGUCUCAGUGCCCUUACCUGUUAAAUAAAGGGUGGCUUCCGGGAUGAAAAGGCCCAGCACAGGGUAGGUCUUUGGCUAGUGAUAAGGCCCCCUUUAUGGAAUAUCCUAGUCAAUAAAACCUAACUGUUUAGUAUUGGCUUAGAUUGGGGGAAAAUGUUAGAAAUAAAUUAAUAGUAUCUGCCAUGGAAAGAAUAGGAACUAGCAAAAUUGUCUUUAUCACCAGAAGAGUUAAAAAGAACAACGUCUACAAGAGACCCACAUCUAACGCAUAAGGACACAAAGUUUGAAAGUAAAAGGGUGGGGAAAGCUAUACCGGGAAAAUAACCCAAAGAAAACUGAGUUUAGCUGCUGUGGUGUGGUAGAUCGCUUUUGUGUGGCCUUUGUGGCCAUGAUCUUGUAACUCCACCCAGGUGAUUGGGUGGGACGGUGCAAAUAAGGUAUUGGUCAGUUUUGCCAUCCUGCUGGGCUUGAAAUGAGCCAUUCCAGAGGCAGGAAAGAGACGAACCCACCAGCACCAAGUAAGGAGAACCAAGACGGGAGCAUGUCUUUGGACCCAGGAUCCCUACGCUGAGAAGCUCCCGGAACCAGAAGACAGAGAGAGCUGUGACAGCGAAGAUGACAGAGGCCAAGGGCCAGAGAGAGGCGUGCCUGCAGGCACAGCUGAGAACAGCCUGUCCUGAUGGAAGAGCUGUAUCCUGAGCCUCCCUGAACCUGAAUUGUAACCUAUUAUUUUCCUAAUGAACUCCACAAUCAAUGGCACAGAAGAGGGGGCUCCUGUUAUUAUUCCUGGGCAUGGAACUACUGCUAGUGGGGCUCUUCCUCUACCAAAGCCAGCACCACCAUGGCUUCAUCUUCUCCUCGCACCUCCUAAUACAAGAUAGGCCAGAGAUGGGAGAAGAGCUGCCAUUUUUGGUCCAAGUCUCCUCUCCAGGAAUCCCCUACCGGGAUGUCUACUCCAACCUCAGCCAGAUAUAUCCUGUGAACAACAGUGCUGAGGAUCUGCCCAAUUGCCCCAUCGUCUCACCUUACGUCAAUGGCCCCUUGAAGGUGAUAAUCCCAGAGAACUUGACUAUGGAGAAGGUGGAGAAGAAGAACCUGCUGGUGGAGAUGGGAGGCCAAUACCGGCCACCUGACUGCUGGACACGGCAUCACACAGCAGUAGUGGUACCCUACUAUGGACAAGCCCAGCACCUUCAAUACUUGCUUUUCCACCUGCAUCCCUUCCUGCAGCGCCAGCAACUGCACUAUGCCAUCUACGUGGUGAACCAGGUGCAAAAUGCUGCCUUCAGUCGGGGCAAACUGCGCAACGUGGGGUUCUGGGAGGCCAUGCAAGAGGAGGACUGGGACUGCAUCUUCUUCCACGAUGUGGACCUGCUCCCGGAAGAUGACCGGAACCUCUACAUCUGUGACAUCUUCCCUGCCCAUGUGUCCGUGGCCAUUGACAAGUUCAACUACAAACUGCCCUACAGAGGGUACCUUGGAGGGGUGUUUGCCCUGCGCCCCAUUCACUACCUGAGGAUAAAUGGAUUCCCCAACACCUACAAAGGCUGGAAUGGUGAGGAUGAAGACCUUGCUGCCAGGGUGAAACUAAGUGGGAUGCUACUCUCACGGCCCCACCUGCUCUUUGGCCGCUACCACAUGCUAGAGGGGGGACCAGAAUCUGGCCAUGAGCAGAAUCCCGGGAGGGCUGGCCUUCUGUCACGGAUCCGCCGCAGGUGGCGGCGUGAUCGCAUAAACUCAUUGGCCUACAGGCUGCUCUCCAAGGAGCAGCGGCCCCUCUACACCAACCUCACCGUGGACAUCACUUCUCAGUCCCAGGAGCCCCUGUGUCAAGCUGAGGGGUCUCUGGAGGCCAGAGUGGAGACCUUAAGACCAAAGCUGCGGGGCAGCCCCCCCAUCCUUCCCACCUGGUUUCUUAUUAAAGAAGAGUUCAUGUAACUUGCGUCUCCUCACUGCCAUCCCUAAAUCCCAUCUAUUGAUUUCCACUCAUUCAUUCAUUCCCUCAUUCAGUUAUUCAACAACCUUGUUCAAGAGGUCCUUUUUUUUUUAACAGACAUAAAUUAGUGCAGGGAAAAUAUUCCUUCAAGCUAAUGCUCUUAAAAUGGGUACCAACAUUUCAUGGUAAGUAGUGUGGGGGAGGGAACUUCUGAUUGAGACUUCAUCUGAAUAACAAAAUUAAAAUUCUGAAAAUAACUUUAAGAUUUAAUGAAAUUUUAUUUUUAGUAAGCAGUAAAGAGCAUUUAUGUAGUAUUGGUGGUGACUAGUCACUACAGUAUAAUGAAUUAUUUAAUAUAGCUCUUAUAGCCAUGGUCUUUGUGACACACACAGUGAUUGAGUGGGACUAUGCAAAUAAGGUAUGUGAAACCUGUGAUGGUUAGGGUUAUGUGUCAACUUGGUUAGGCCAUGAUUCUGAGUAUUCUGUGGUUGCCCUCCAUUUUAUGUGUUGUGGAUCCUAACCUCUACAUGUUGAUGAGUCAGGAUUGGUGUAGGGUGUGUCUUGGGUCCCAACCUUACAGGAGGGCAUGACUCAAGUCCCACCCUUACUCAAGUUACACCUUUCCCUGAGGUGUGGCCUGCAUCUAAAGUAUAUUUGUCCUGAUGGGGUUCUCUCUCGCUACAUCUGGACCCAUGUCUGGUUCAUUGGUUCAUGAUCAACUGACCUCCAGUUUUUGGGACUUGAGCCAGAGGCCUGCAGCCUGACCUGCUGAUUCUGGGAUUCGCUGGCCUCCACAGCCACACAGGUGGACCUGAUUGCCAGCUUUCUCAGCCCUGUGAGCCAGCAGCCUGUGGUGUGAACUGCUGGUUCAGGUUCAUCAGGCCCUGCAGCCAAGUGGAUCAGGAGAAGCCUACUCCUGACUCAAGAAUUUGGGACUUUCCACCUUCCACAAUCACGUGAACCAUUUCCUUUAUAUGGGUCGUGUGUUCUGUGAGAAGUUGCAGCGAUUUAGGGAACCCAAAGAUGGGAGGGAGAGUACUGAGGGGAGAGGGAGCAGUUGAUGUUAGAGAUGAUGGAGUGGUACAGCAGUUUGGAAAAGUUGGGCAAUUUGGAACAUCUUUAACCUCCGUCUCAUAGGAACCAGCCUUGAUGUUGAUCCUUAUAAAAGAAAUUAUUCAUUUAGUCACCAUUCUAAUGCUUUGCACACAUUCACGGUUGAAUCUGCCAAUGAGUCCCCAAGGUAAGGACUAUGAUUAUGCCCAUUGUGCAGCUGGGGAAAUGAAUGCACCAAAAACACCAAACCAAACCCAGUGCCACUGAGCCAAUUCUGACUCAUAGCACAGAGAGGUUAAAUCCCUUGCCACAAACGUCUAGCAAGGGGCAGAGCUAGGAGGCGAGGAAUCCAGCCAGUCUGACUCCAGAGCCAGCCCAGUGUCUUAGUCAGGGUUCUCUAGAGAAACGGUAACAGUGAUAGGUGUAUGGUGGUGCAAGCAGUUAAACACUCAGCUAGUAACCAAAAGGUUGGCAGUUAGAAUCCACCCAAGGCACCUGGGAAGAAAAGCCUGGAGAUCUAUUUCCAAAAGGUCGCAGCCAUUGAAAACCUUAUGCACAGUUCUACUCUGAAACACAUGGAGUUGCCAUGAGUCAGAAUCAACUCGAUGACAAUUGGUUCAGAGAGAUAGCUAAAUAAAUAGAGAGUAGAUAGGUAGAGAGAUGUAGGUAGGUAAGUAGGUAGAUAGAUAAGAUAGGUAGAUAGAGAGAUUGAUUUAUUUUAAGGAAUUGGCUCACAUGAUUUUGGGGGUGGCAAGUCCAAAAUCUGUGAUUCAGGCUACAGGCUGGAGAUGCCUGCAAUCUUGUGUGCCAAAAUCCAUAGAUCAGGUGACAGGAAGAGUGAGGGAGUCCUAGCAAAAUGUUUAUGUACAGUUUCGAGGCAGAACAUACCCUUUUUGCUCUUAAGACCUUUAACUUACUGAAUGAGGCCCACCCACAUCAUGGGGCGUCAUCUGCUUUACAUAAGUCCAACUGACUUAGUCACGUGUAACUACAGGUAGUUCCUGACUUGUGACAGGGUUUCAUUGUAGAUUCUGACGUAAGUCGAAUACUUCAUUUUUUUUUUUUAAGUUUUCAUUAUUAUUGCCUUUUAUUAUCUGUACCUUUAUAAAUCCGAUCUUUGUCUUUUGGGGUAGGAAACAUUACAUCUGAGAACAAUAACAUCAGCAAAUUAGCACUGCAGCGUUGUACGUAGUACACGUUACUAACGAGACGUACGACAACAACAACAAAAAAUGUCUAGCACAACGACCUUGACCUGAGGACCUCCAGGAACUAUGUGUGGAAUAAAUGCUGAAUGACUGACCACUGGUCACUGCCUUUCCAGGGCAU